GGCUUCAUCUAGAUAGAGCUACAUGGUACUAACGCAGCUGCCGACCACGUAGUAACUCACGACGAACCCGAAAGUUGCGAAACUCCGAAGUCACAAGGACGACACGUGCGAAAACUCUUGGCGGCUGCUUAGGAAACUGGUAAGAAUUUGCUGAAGUAAGUCAUCGUUCUUUAUGGCCACAGGAAAAGUCCCUCAUCGCCUGUAUUUUAUGCAGAGUUGAAACGAACUAUCGCUGUAUCGUCUUGCUAGUCUGUUGAUUGUUGUGGGCUAUGGCCGCAUCGUCAGAUUUGAGUGGCGCUAGCGAACGCACUCAACCUGCAGCACAUCGCAGAGUCUGUGUGCUUGGUGGUGGUUGCAUUGGCCUCUCAACGGCUGUGCUACUCGCUGAGCGUUUGAGGGACCACUAUGGCGAUGGCUCGCCAGUUCGCACGUCGGUGACGAUCGUGUCGGAAAGUUUCCCUCCCAGCACAACGAGCAACGUGGCUGCCGGAUUGGUUCGUCCGUUCAGCGUAGCGAAUGCUGCGCCUCAGCAGCUGGACAGAUGGACAACUACCACUCGCAAGUGGCUGGAAAAGCAUAUGGCUCUCGUGUCUGGUCCGGAGCGUGGGAUUUUCCCUAUGUUCGUUGUGGAGGGUUCAGACAAUGAGGAUGACCCGCCCGGCUGGAUGAGGAAAAUGAAUGCUUUCAAGAUGUUGAACAAUGAGGAGAAGUCUGUUUUAAGACUGCCAUCGCCCUGUGCUUGGAUGUGGCAAACACUUAUAGUUGAGAGCGGCCUGUAUCUGGAUUAUCUCAAACGAGUCUGCGUUCAAACAGACGUUCAGUUCGUGGAGAAGAAGAUUGAGAGCAUGGACGAGUUAGCCGAGUACGAUCUGGUGGUGAAUUGCACGGGCUUAGCGUCACGUACGCUGUUCAAUGACAUGAGUAUGGUGCCGGUUAGAGGACAGAUCAUGCGAGUGCGCGCCCCGUGGAUCAAGCACAUCACAAUCUUCAACACAGGCAGUGUCUUCACGUACAUCAUACCCAACAAGGACAUGGUGGUCCUCGGCGGAACAACUCAGGAGGGAAACUGGAGCACGGAAGUGAGUCCCACCGACUCUGCAGACAUCUGGGCGCGAUGCUGCGAAGUGAUACCCAGCCUGCGCCGUGCCACCGUCCUAGAGGAGACGGUAGGGUUGAGACCUCUGCGAAAAGACGGCGUACGCAUUGCGUUGGAGAACGUGAGAUUGCAUGACGGACGGUACUUGCCAGUUGUGCACAACUACGGGCAUGGAGGGUCUGGCUUCACGAUACACUGGGGCUGUGCGGAAGAUGCUGUGGAGCUUGCAAUGCCUGCAUUACGCUUACCCGGCGUCACAGCCGUCGCCUCAAAGCUGUGAUAGCAGACAUUCUCCGGUCACUUGGAUACGGGCAGGCGCCGUGCCACGAUGCUACAGGACUGGGCUGAUCCAGCAGCGUGUGGUGCUGUGCCGUGUGCUGCUGCGUUUGCUCGAGCCAUGGCUACAAUCGUUGAAGCGUGAGCUUGGUUGCCGACCAGUAUGACACCGACUGUACUUGCUAUCGCCAUGGAAACCUGAGCAUGGCAAACUGUCCGUUUGAUGCGUUACAAUACUCGUGAUUCUUAGGCAGACCAUAGAAUUUGGUUGAUCCCGGCUACGUGGAGCUCACGCUUCGGCUGAUAAACCGCUACAGCUAAGUUUGUUGUCAGGCAGUUGCAAACAACCGGGACCGUCCAAUUCUCCAGAAUUCAAUAAGAAAUGAAAAGUUAGUUGCUUCAUAAGGUGUGGACAUUGCAUCACGGUUAGUUAUUUUCAUCACUUUACUUUUAAUUUUGUCUCCUCGCCACCUAUUUAAAGAAAUUUGAAAUAAUUCUAUCAAAAAUUGUAGUACAUGCUUGUGCAUGUACAUGUAAUCCUAAAAUUCGUGCAAGAAUUAAUGAUCAGGCCAAAACAAAAAAAUAGGCUUGUUUCCGGUCGGCAACCCCUCAAAAAGGAGACUCGGUCGGCCGGAAUGAAACUUUUUUUGGAUACUUUUUUUCGGUUCCGGCCUCAAUCGUUGUGGUAUUGAUGGACAAGAGCACCUACACAUGUACUUUGUACAUAUAUCAUGGCAAGGAUCAAUACCAAAGUUGACCGACUCACUGUUCUUGUACAGCAUGUGGUGUACACACUGUAUUCCUGUUUUCUUACAUCCUGAGAAAUCAAGCAAACAGUUUGAGUCCUUCCAGCUGCGUUAUUCUAGCUCGUAUCGACCCCGGAGGUUUUCGAGCCGACAGCUGAGCAUCUCUGCUACCUUGUAGGUGUUUCGAUUGUGGAAUUCGGUUGAGAUUUGACUGAGUUAUGACUCGUUGAGUGCACUUGCACACACGGCAUUGCCACCGUUUGUAUACAUUUGGGACCAAAAAAAGUUUCCGGCAGAAUUUGGGAAAAAGUGGCCCGGUCGGCCGACCGGAAACAAGGUCAUUAUUUGUUUUGGCCUGACAUGUCGACAGCAUUUCCAAACCCUGAUAUUUAUUUUACUCCCUUAUUAGUAUACCUGAUGUCCGCACAUGCAGGCAAAUAGUCCAGCUGGGCUGUAAUACUUGUACAUGUAUGUAGAUUGCAACAUGUGCAUGCACAUGCCUUCAUUACUGCGUUUUCUUGUACUUUCUUGAAGUAACAUCUCGGCUGGCUGUGCAGAGCAAUUUUGUAUUUGUAUUGAUAACAAAGCAUAGUUUAUUAUAAAUUAUAAUACAAGAAAUUUGUUGAAAGCAGCUGUCCGUUGAAUAUGCACUGUGCCCCCAAAUUGGGUGAACGAAGCGACAGAUCUCGGCUUACACACGUACACGGUUACCUAUGUGCAUAGCUGCUCGCAUAUACACAGCAGAAUACAUGGUACGCGUGCAGUGAUCUUGUUCUAUUGCCUGUUCAA